AUGAAAUCCGUAUAUCCAAGCGCCCAUGUUAAGUAUGUUUAUUAUAUAAAUUCAAAUUCACAGACUCCACGUUUCCCUGCCCUUAAAGAUUGGAUUAAGAUUAAGAAUUAAGAUUACCCCGUGGUACGUAGAUGACUCAGAGUUAAAGUGCAAAAAAGACGACGUUAAUGACAUGCUAGACCACAUUAACAGUAUGGAACCGGGAAUAAUCAAAUUYACCGUCGAAGAAGCUGAAAACGACACAUUGUCAGUACUCGAUCUGAAAGAACAUGUCACGUUACUGCGUSACAAGAGUAAUGUAGCGAUAGUAUGUUUUCCUUUGGGAAAAAUUAACUAAUGAUUGAUUUAGUUGCAUGGACAUUUUUAUGUAAAUUUAUGAACUUUUGAGUGUUGUUUUGAGAGAAUAUAGUAAACCAUCGAGUUCAUUUUUCAUAGACCUACACCGGGUUCCCGCGCGUACGCACGUUUCCUUUCGUACUCCUUAGCUUCCUUCCGUCCGCAUACCACCACAGGAAACCCAUACUCUGCGCGAAAAAGAAAAAAAGCGACAAAAUAUUUGUUGAAACAUCGAGGUUUUUUUAUUGUGGAUGCUCAAGYAGUUCUUCAUUCUGUUUUUCUCAAAGGAACAAGGUUGUACUGCAUGCAGACGAAACACGUGAUUGUAACGUAAUACCAUUGGCAAUCCACGUGCAUAAAGCGCGUGUUUGCGUUUUCCUAUUCAAGAUUUCAAUUUUCAUAUAAGCAGUUUUCAAGUUAAUAAUGAUAUGUUAUGAACUUAUAGAUAUAGAUAAGACAGGUAAGGACUAGUGUCACGUGAUGCUUCAUGAAGCGCGCGUCUCACAACACUAUAGUCAUGACGACAGUUGUCAGUCAAAAAGGACUGCAUAAAUACGUCUUCCAGCAAACAAAACCAGGUCAAAAAUUAAAGGAAUAGACAAUUKAUGAAUUGAGAAUUCUUUGAGGUGUAGAAAACAGAGAUUUUUAUCUGCAAGAUUUUUCUAAUAUAGAUCAAGCUUGUUCAAGCCUGGGUCACACGGGCGACUUCAUUGACAGCACACUGUGAAAAGCUACUGAUCAUUAAUUAUYAUUUAAUUUGUUAUUCCCUGACGACUUAAUGAUAUAGAUUCAAACUUUAGACAUAGUUAUUUCGACACUAAAACCACGAAUCAUCCGAAAUCCCUUUCUAUCCAAGAUUCAGCUAAUCAUACAAAGCUGAUAUGCGCAAAACAGAUGCGUCAAUAGCAAGAACUGGCUGAACUGCCAUAGUUUGUUCUAGCUAAGGUCAGCUGUACAGGUUUACUGCCGAUAGCAACAGUGAUAAUAUAGGUGCAGUUUCCUUUAAUAUGAUUAAAACACUCGCAUAGACUGAUAGUGAAUGCAAUCAGCAUGAAGACGUUGGCCGUAAUUGCAGUUUUGGUUGGAAUCGUUUCAUCCUUGACCUGCAUCGAAGCAUUCUCGUGCAGUUUUGUCAGAGACCUGUGUGGUUUUACACAACGAAAAGAUGACCAGUUUGACUGGACAAGGAAACGAUUCUCUACUCCUUCUGACGGGACUGGGCCCAGUGGAGAUCAUACUACCGGGCGAGGGUAUUACAUGUAUAUUGAAGCAUCUARCMAAAAGAAAGGCAACAGGGCKGUGCUGGAMAAAAGCGUGAGAUUAUCUGGUGGAAAUCAGUGUCUUAGAUUCUACUAUCACAUGACAGGCUACMAAUCACAUGUCGGUACACUCAAUGUCUACAUUGGCUCUGACAAAGUAUUCAGCAAAUCAGGCAAGCAGGGUAAACAUUGGAUGAAGGCAGAGGUGRYUUUGUCACAAACAGGAACUAAAACUUUGUCCUUCGAAGGCAUUGUUGGUGGGGGCUUUCAAGGCGACAUUGCGAUUGAUGACGUAAUGGUUGGACAAUGCGAUGGCCAAGUAACACCAGCCCCACCAACAGACUUACCCACAAAUCCACCGACAAUCAAUCCAGGUACCGCCCCUCCCCCUGGUGAAACAAGAAAAAAAAGUGGAACAACCGCUAACCAAAAAAAAAGGCCUUGGCAGGCUCAGCUCAAGGAUAGUUCAGGUUCAUCGCCGUUCAAAAAAAGAUCGUUAAUUCAUCCUCAAUGGGUUCUCACUGCUUCUCACUGCGUAUCAGGAUCGUCCGCCAUUAAAACUAGUUAUAGGCUCGGAGAAAAAAACCGUAACACUAAAAUUGGUCAAAAAAAAGAUUUCAAAGUUGUCAAAGAAAAAAAUCACCCAAGCUAUCACAAGCAAAAAAAAUAUUCAAAUGACAUUGCUUAAAAAAAACUGGACAGACCUGCAAGACAAAAAAAGUUUAGCAAUCUCGUCUGCCUGCCUGACAACGAACCAGCCCCAGUUGACGGGACCAAGUGUUGGAUAACGGGCUGGGGACGUACCCAUGGUCACAGCUCCUCGCGUGAAUAYCUCCAGCAGGCCUCGGUACCAAUAGUCAGCGAASGACGCUGCAAGUGGGCUUACAUGGGCCAAAUUCACGAGUCAAUGRUCUGUGCAGGUCUUGAUAAGGGUGGUGUUGAUUCAUGUCAAGGAGAUUCAGGGGGUCCAAUGGUCUGUGAGUMAGGGGGGAGAUUCUUCAUCCAUGGUGUUACUAGCUGGGGAAACGGUUGUGCACGUCCUGGAAAGUUUGGUGUGUACUCGAAGGUCAAGUACGAACUAAGCUGGAUUAAAAGCGAAAUGAAUCGAAACUAAGUGCAACUGUGUAUCGAUAAAAGUAUUUGACAAUAAAUAUUUGUUCAUGCUGGCAAUGCGA